UGGCUCUGACCUAGUUGGCAGUGGUAUGGCUAAAUGCACCAAGAAGGUCGGCAUCGUUGGUAAAUACAGGACCCGCUAUGGUGCCUCCCUCUGGGAAAUGGUGAAGAAAAUUGAAAUCAGCCAGCAUGCCAAGUACACCUGCUCCUUCUGUGGCAAAACUAAGAUGAAGAGACGGGCUGUGAGGAUCUGGCACUGUGGUUCCUGCAUGAAAACGGUAGCUGGCGGUGGCUGGACCUACAACACCACUUUGGCUGUCACAGUAGAGUCUGCCAUCAGAAGACUGAAGGAAUUGAAAGACCAGUAG